GCAGGAGAUACGAUCUACAGCUAACUGGCUAGCAUGGAGUGCUGCGUCAAGCUAAUUUGAGAGGAUCGCUAACAACACCGGAAUACCUUGUAGAGUCCCCCAAACUUUGAGCGUGCCCCUGCUGUUAAUACGAAAAGUUGUACCGGAACCGUCUUCCGUUACUGUGGUUGCCUUGACGCAGGUCAGAAGCCCCAACGUGGAGGAGAGGAUGUGGGUAUGCUGACAUCUGCAAGCCAGAGGUCUAACUGGAAGACGAGCGCAGUCAGGGUGACAAACAACGGCCUCAGUAACCUCGAAGAAAGUCCGAGACAUGUAACUUUAUCUGAAGAGGCUUGUGUCCUGUAGGGCACCCUGAAGCUCAACCAGUCACGGUGCCUCCUUGGGGCUUUCUGUCAUGAGGGGGCGUUGCUCUCGAAAACUGGGCGUGUUAGCCAAGGCCGGCUUCCUCCUCUGGCUACUGUGGCUGGGCUACCUUUUGUUAGCACGCUCCUCUUUCCCCUCCUCUUCCUCUUCAGAGGAGGAAGAUGAGGACCACGAUCUUCUGGCGAGACACCUAUCCAUAGAGGAGAGCGGCGCUGAUGGGCAGCUGGCUAGGCCUCUCUACAUUAAGCCACCACCAGACAACAAUGCACCGGGGGAGUGGGGUCGGGCCACACACCUAACCCUCAGUCCUGAAGAAAAGAAAGAGGAGCAGGACACUGUAGAGCGCUAUGCUAUCAAUAUCUAUAUCAGUGACAAGAUUUCCCUCCAUCGACAUAUCCAGGACCACAGGAUGAAUGAGUGCCGAAGUAAGAAGUUUGACUACCGGCGUUUACCCACCACAUCUGUGAUUGUAGCCUUCUACAACGAGGCCUGGUCCACCCUGCUGAGAACUAUUCACAGUGUGCUGGAGACCACACCUGCCAUCCUGUUGAAAGAGAUCAUUCUCAUUGAUGACUACAGUGACCGAGGCUACCUGAAAUCCCAACUAGCUGACUACAUCAGUAAUCUGGAACGUGUGCGACUUAUUCGGACCAACAAAAGAGAGGGGCUGGUCCGGGCACGUCUCAUUGGUGCAACCUACGCUACCGGGGACGUACUGACAUUUCUUGAUUGCCACUGUGAGUGCGUCCCUGGCUGGAUUGAGCCUCUUCUGGAAAGGAUUGGUGAGAAUGCCAGUACCAUUGUGUGUCCUGUGAUCGACACCAUUGACUGGAACACUUUUGAGUUUUACAUGCAAACAGAUGAGCCAAUGAUCGGAGGAUUUGACUGGAGACUCACCUUUCAGUGGCACUCUGUCCCAGAAGUGGAACGAAAGAGGCGCAAGUCUCGCAUUGACCCCAUCAGAUCUCCUACAAUGGCAGGUGGAUUAUUUGCUGUGAGCAAGGCCUACUUUGAGUACCUGGGCACAUAUGACAUGGGCAUGGAGGUGUGGGGAGGAGAAAACUUGGAGCUCUCCUUCAGGGUGUGGCAGUGUGGGGGCAGCCUGGAGAUACACCCCUGCUCUCAUGUGGGCCAUGUGUUCCCUAAAAAGGCCCCUUAUGCACGGCCCAACUUCCUCCAGAAUACUGUGCGAGCUGCAGAGGUUUGGAUGGACUCUUAUAAACAACACUUUUACAACAGGAAUCCCCCAGCCAGGAAGGAAACCUAUGGGGAUAUCUCAGAGCGGCUGCUCCUAAGGGAGAGGCUAAAGUGCAACAGUUUUGACUGGUACCUGAAGAACAUCUACCCUGACCUACAUGUACCUGAGGACAGGGAGGACUGGCACGGGGCGGUGCGUAGCUCAGGGAUACAUUCAGAGUGUCUGGACUACAACGCUCCAGAACACAGUCCCACAGGUUCCCACCUCUCUCUGUUUGGCUGCCAUGGCCAGGGAGGCAACCAGUACUUUGAAUACACAUCUCAGAGGGAGAUCCGUUUCAACUCGGUGACAGAGCUGUGUGCUGAAGUGCUCGAGGGACAGUCCUCCAUCGGGAUGAGGCACUGUCCUCGCGAUGGGGAGCUCAAGCCUCCCAGUAUCGUCUGGGAGUUCAGAAAGGAUGGGACCAUUUACCACCCUCAUUCAGACAUGUGUGUGACAGCCUACCGCACACCAGAAGGACGCACAGACACCCAGAUGAGGCGAUGCAGCCCAGGACACAAAACCCAGCAGUGGAAGUUCGAGUGGUAGAAGGAGAUAGAGAGAAAGUAGCAAGAAACCUCAAGUGACCUUCUGCGACCAUAGUGCAAUUAUUACAGUGGAUGUCUUCUCUGCUGCUCCCAAUUCUGUAGCUCUCCAGGUCUGCACUCCAUUUGAAUGGGAAUGAUGAGCAAAUAAAAGGUGGUGAAAAGUCACUUUGAACCAAUGAUUCAUGCAAUUCAGCGCUUUUAUGCCCAUGUGAAUGACUGUUUAAGUGCAGAUUGUGGCGCAGUGAAUGGGAAUUUCAAGGUUUUUUUUUUUUUUUUUUUUUUUAAGAAGACCAGCUGAACGUGAGACUUUUACUUUCGUGUUGCUUUCAUCCAAGUGCCUUUGCAACCAAAAUAGAGUCCAGCGCACACCUAAAGUGUCAUUAUUGUCAUGUUAACUUACAACAACUUGAAAACGGUGAAAAUGGAUUGACUGUCCAGCACAUGAAGAAGUGCCUUUCAGAUAGAUUAAAGACAAAGCAUUUCCUUGAAAACUAAAUGCAAAAUCAUGCACUACAGAAUGCUACCUUAUUGUGCAAUUAAUAUUAAUUAUUAUUGUUAAGUCAUCAUGCUUGUAUCUUUAGAUGUCAAAAAAUAACCAAUUUAAAGAUGGGCUCCUCAAAAACUCAUGUCAGGAAUGUAAGGUCAGCAGCAUUUUGCCCCAAACCAGCUACAUCCUGACAUGCUCCAUCAUGUGAGAGGAAACGGGGAGAGAGUGCUGUGGUCAUACUAGACUGCUUCUCAAUUCUACCUCUUACCUGUGGAGCCAGUUUCAUUGUAGAAUGCUGCCUGAACAAGACUUGAAGCAUUCAUUAAGCAUUUGCACUAAGUGCAAUUUUCCUCCGAGGCCUUAGUGAGUUGACAGGAAUGUUGUAAUCUAUUCGUCCAUGUUGUGUAAAACUAAGAAUACCCUCUAAACUCAUCUGUCACUGUGCCUUUGAAAGGUUGUCAUCCUAAAAAGAACCUGUUUGUGCCGAAUUGAAAUGUGCCAGUAGAUGUCAAAUGUAUUUAAAGCAUUUUAAAUGCUAUAAUCUAAAACAACACUGGCUUGAUGCACUUGAUUUUAUUUAGUAACAAAAAGUCUUAAAGGGAGUGCCUAUUUAAUUUAAUCUUUCAACUUGGCUGUGCCAGAUUGUUUUGUUAAGACUCCUGUGUGUAAACUGUACUUGAAACGGCUUCAAAAACACUCCUGUUUUGUAUUUUCCACUGAAGACCCCCUCAGUGUUUCUACUGGGAUGUAAGGACAAGAAGUGCGGUGUAACUGCUGUUGAAAUGUCUGUUGAAUAGCAACUGUAUUUGCCCAAGACUGCUUAUCACUGAGCAACGUUUGGUCCUUUGGUCCUGUGGUCCUUUGAAUUCAUGAAUAUGGGAUAUUCAGACUAGUCAAUGGAUACAGAAGGUAAACAUGUAAGAUGGAUCCUGUUUUGUGUUAGCUUUGUUAAUAAUGUUUGAAAUAAGGGACCAGACGGGGACAGUGCUAAUGUAAAGCACCUCUAAAACUACUGAUAAUGCAAAAGGGAUAAUAAAGAGUGUGACUGAAAUGGGAUAGAUGAUUCAAAUAUGAUUAAAGCUGUUGGGAUAAUUGAAAGAAUAAAAA